AUGUCUGGGGAGGCGUGGACCACCAUCGAGAGCGACCCGGGCGUGUUCACCGAACUGAUCGAGAGGCUUGGCGUCAAGGGGGUGCAGGUGGAGGAGCUGUACUCGCUGGAUGCCGACUCCCUGCAAGCUUUCGAGCCCAUCUACGGACUGAUCUUCUUGUUCAAGUGGCAGGCAGAGCCGGUGGCCCGUCCCAUGUACCCGGAGUACGAGGAGCGCGGCAUCUUCUUCGCAAAGCAGGUGAUCAACAACGCAUGUGCAACCCAGGCCAUACUCAGCAUCCUGCUGAACCGACCAGAGCUGGACAUUGGGGAGGAGCUGUCCCAGUUCCGCGACUUCACGGCGGGGUUCCCCGCAGAUCUCAGGGGCGAGGCCAUCGGGAACAGCGAGACGAUCCGGGAGGUGCACAACAGCUUCACCGCCCCGCAUGCGCUCCUCCCGGAGAACCCCGAGACCGACUCCGAGGGCGAGGCCUUCCACUUCGUGGCCUACACCCACCGAGACGGCUCCAUCUGGGAGUUGGAUGGUCUGCAGCCUGGCCCCGUCUGCCUUGGCGAGGCCGGCCAGGACGAGUGGACGCAGACUGCAGCCAGCGCGAUGAAGAAGCGGAUCGCGCAGCAUGCCUCCCACGACAUCAAGUUCAACCUCCUCGCCGUCACCAAGUGCCGUCGCACCGCGCUGCAAGACGCCCUGACCGACAACUGGGUGCGGUGCGCCGCGCUGGAGGAGGCGGCGGCGGGGUCGAGCCCGGCCGCCCAGGAGCUGGCGGCCUGCCGGCACGAGGGCGCCCGCCUCUCCGCCGCCCUGGACGCAGAGUGCUCGAGGCGCGCCGCCUGGUCGGACGAAAACCUGCGCCGCCGGACAGACUACGUGCCGGCGGUGUUCAACCUCCUUACCGCGCUGGCGGCCUGCGGCGAGCUCAAGGGCCUUGUUGCGGCGGCGGCAGCGGCGGGGGGUGGCGGCGCGAGUGGGAAUGGGGAAUCUUCCGACACCUAG